AUGAAUGUUAUGCGUAAAUUACGUGGCGCCGGCAGUGCUCCAGCUGGUAAUGGUAGCGCCGGCAGUGCGACGAGCUCCACAGGCAGCUCGUCCACCGCAAAUGGUGGUUCCACACUAACCUCGGCCGCCAGUGAGGAUGCCAUGCUGGAUGCUCGGGUCCAAAUGAGUCUACACACACUGAAAAAACUAUUCAAUGAAUACACACAUCCCAAGGAGCCUCUGAGCGAACAGGAGAGGGAUAUGAAACUUUAUCAAAUGUUACCAUUGUUUUGUAAGGUUUUCAGUGCCUGUCCUGCCUCGGAUAUGAGCGAAAAGUUCUGGGAUGUUGUGGCCUUUUGUCAGCAAGUUUCACGUCUAAUGGUUGCCGAGAUACGCAAGCGGGCCUCCAAUCAAAGCACAGAGGCUGCCUCCAUUGCCAUUGUUAAGUUUCUGGAAAUCGAAACUACGGAAGAGACCAGCAGUGGUUGGAUGCUGUUGUCAACCUUGAAUUUGUUGGCGAAUGGUGAUGUGUCCUUGAUACAGGUUAUGACAGCUGCCGCAGUGCCCUCUACCCUGGUGAAAUGCCUUUAUCUCUUCUUUGAUUUACCCGCUGUUGAAGAUGAUCCACCAUCCGAUACACCCAGCGAUUUCAAUGCCUUUGAACGCCGCACCCUAUUGCAAAAGGUUUUCGUACAGCUGUUGGUGAAAUUAUGUUCAUAUCCGUAUCCGGCCGAAGAGCUGGCCCGCAUGGAUGAUUUGACAUUGCUGUUUAGCGCCAUUACCUCUCCAUGUCCCACACACAACAUUGUGUGGCGUAAAAAUGCUGCCGAAAUCCUGACCACCAUAUCACGGCAUGGUCUGACAGAUGCUGUUGUCAGUUAUAUACAUUCCAAAGGCUGUAUGGCUUUGUGUGUGGACAAUAUGCGGCGCUUAACAUUCGGCAACCCGCUGGAAAUUGUUGAAAUGUUCGUUACGGUCUUUUGUUUUCUAAAGGAUUCUAGUCAGGUAUCACAGAUACUAAUGGAUGAUUUCAAGGCGUCACAGGGUUAUACGUUCUUAACCGAUUUUUUGCUCAAAUUCGAUACAUCUCGCACCCACUCCGUUGAAGUUCAGGCUGCCAUACGCAAUCUGGUCCUGAUGAUCUCAUCACUGUGCAUGUGUGGCUAUAAUGAGUUGAGGCCACCACAGGCACAAAUAAAUGCCCUUUUCAAGAUGCAAAAUUUCCAAAUGCCCCAAGCCUCAUCGCGGGAGACAUGUGUACGCAACAUCUAUGCUUUUCAGGUGCUGCAAACGGUAUUCCUGAGAGCAACAUCCUCCGGCCUCUGCUGUACAAUAUUGGAUGCCAUCUCCCGUGUCUAUCAUUCGGAAAAUGCCAAUUAUUUUAUAUUGGAAUCGGAAAAUACCCUCAGUCAAUUUACCGAACGGAUACAUCUAAAGGGAUCACAGAUACAAGAGAAAUUUUUCGAUUUAUUGGAAUUCAUUGUGUUCCAAUUGAAUUUUGUACCCUGCAAGGAAUUGAUAUCGCUGUCAUUGCUACUCAAGAAUAACCAUUCGACCAGCUGUAGUAUUUUAUGCCUCAAGACCCUGUUGAAUAUUUUAAGGCAUAAUAAUGUAUUUAAGGAUGUCUAUCGGGAGGUUGGCAUAUUGGAAGUAUUUGUAACGUGCCUGAAUCGUUAUGCCGAUCAUGUGCGCACCAUAACCAAAGAUGAUGAAAAUGCUGUGGUCGUGGCAGAGGAAGGAGAAACGGAAGAUCUCGCCGAUAGCAUGGGUAAACAUGUUCUGGAGGCCCUUACCAUACUGCUGAGUGGUAACAACAACAAUGCCAAUGUUUUUCGUGAAAGUGGCGGAGCGAAAUGUAUUCACGAUUUGGUGAAAUUUAAGCAUUGUCGUCCCCAAUCGUUGGGCAUUAUUCGCGAACUCAUCCUCUCUGCGGGUGGAGAUGAUGAUAUGCUGUUCAUACUCUCCGUCAUGCAUUCGGUACCACCCUAUCAAGUGGAAUUUAAAAUACAAAUCCUUAAUAUGCUACUGGGUUGCCUCAAGGAUUCACAUCGUACCCGGACAGUAUUCCGCAAGGUUGGUGGCUUCGUAUAUCUGACUAGUGUCUUUGUAUCGCUGGAUGGUAAACUGUGCGAUGAAGAUCACAUUGAGGCUGAGGCUGAUGCUGAUCCUGAGGCUCAACUAAUACCCCAGGAUGAUUUGGUUCUGCUACUACAAAUGGUUUGUCAAACCUUGGCUACGGCAAUGCGCUUCGAACCGGCAAAUGCCAAGUUUUUCCAUCAAGAGAUUUGUACUGCCUCGCUGUGUGAUACCCUGCGGCUGCUGGGAUGUUUUGGCAAUGAAACCGAGCUGCCCGAAUUUAAAGGAAUAUUUAAAACGGAUAUCGGCACGCAGAAGUAUUAUCAUGAAGUCUUUUCGGGUGACAUUUUGAAUUAUAGAUUCCAGGACACCAUACCCCGUUCUCUGUCCUAUGUGUGCGUAGUAUACCGCCUACUGUACAGUAUUGCUUUGGAUAAUUUCGAAUCUCCAAAUCUGAAUAACAUAAUUACCCUGUUUAACGAUCAGCAUAAUCGUUCACCAUCCAAAGAAUUAGCUUUACCUCCAGCUCACCCAAAUCAGCUGAAUCUCUCACAACCCACACCGGAACCUCGCAUUGUCCAUCCGGGUGUGGUUUUGUGCAUGAUCCAACUACUACCCAGCGUGACACAUAACCAACAACACACCUUGGCCACAAAUCUGCAAGUAUACCUUAGCGAAGUCAUCAAGUCUCUGGUGCGCAGUGAACGCAACCAACAAAUAAUGUGCGACUAUGGCCUGGCGGGUCAACUGCUGAAAAUCGCCCGAAAAGCUUUAUCCGAAGAAGUCAAUCCCCUACAUGUCCCCAUGCAAUACAUUUUGGAGAGAUUGGCAGCUCAGGCCCUGCAGCCUACCGAGCUGAGAGAAUUUUUACGUUUGGGUGAACCCCUGUCGUGUAAAAAUAUCGAUCUUAAUAAAUGCUAUUCCAUGGGUGGACCUGUACCAUUGACUCGUAUAAAAACAUUGGUCUCCAUGACGACGCCAAGAGAUUUUCGAGCACACGGAUCCAGCACCCUGCCGCCGUUUGUUGAAAUGGAUAUGUCCGCGGAGGGAUUUGGGUGUCUAUAUCUGCCCUCAUUGGCUCCGCAGGCAACGGCCACCGCUGGUGGUACCAUAGAUGCCAAUACAAUCGGUGGUAUUGGUUCGGGAGAUCGCAUCUUUCCACCGCAGACAGGUCUUUCAUUCUCCACCUGGUUUUGUGUUGAGAAAUUUUCAGAUCCAAAAACAGAUCCACAUUGUGUGAGGCUACUGACAUUGGUGCGUACGAUACACAACCCGAGGGAGGAGAAUUUGGUAUGUCUUUCGAUAUUGCUCUCGGCGAGGGAUAAGGCUAUUGUGGUGUCAACACAGGAGACCCUGGUGACGCCAAGUAAAAGCCUUGGUGACUGGGAACCUGAGGGAUCGGAUGACAACAGUGCCCGCAUUUGGUGUCCCGAUUUAUUACACGAAGGCCAGUGGCACCAUUUGGUGGUGGUACUUAAUCGAGCGGUCUUGAAAAACUCCAGUCUGUCGCUGUACUUGGAUGGAACGCCCCUCCAUUCCCAAAAGCUCCAUUAUAUCUCACAAAACCCGGGAGCCGGUUCGGCCAACCUACCAGUGGCCACCUCGGUAUUUGGUUACAUUGGAACACCACCUAUUUGGCGCCGCUACUCACGUCUGUGUUGGAAGCAGGGUGUUUGCCACCUUCUCGAAGAUGUGGUAAAUCAACAGACAGUCCAAACUAUUUUCAAUUUAGGUCCCCAUUACAUGGGUUCGCUGCAAGCCCCCCAACUGGGUAAAAAGGUUGAACCUUUAGGCCCCUUGGUGGCAGAGGAAAAAGUCCUCUUAGGUCUCAAUGCCAAGGCUGUAUCUCAAUUAACAUUGGUCAAGAUCCGCAAGGUUUACAGUCGUGCCGAUAAUAAGUCCAUUGCCAAGCAGCUGGGCAUGAACUCUCAUGAAAAUGCCACGCCCAUUAAAAUCCUCCACAACUCAGCUGGUCAUUUGGCUGGAGCUGGCCGCACCCUGGGCGGUGUGGUAGUGGGCUAUCUAGGUGUCCGCGUCUUUAGCCCCCAUCCCGUCUCUGCCAUGAUUGACACCGUCGGCGGCUGCAAUGUCCUCCUCGGCAUCAUUGCCAUGGCACAAGACGUGGAGUCUUUGUAUGCCGGCGUCAAGGCCCUAACAUGUGUGGUACGCAGUAACCGCGCAGCCCAAAGUGAAAUGGAUCGCAAGCGCUGCUACCAGACCCUCGGCAUGUUCUUCAAGAAGAAGAAAAAUCUCCUGAAUUCCCACAUUUUGCACUUGACAUUUGGCUUAGUGGGCACGGUGAACAGUGGCCAGGAUAUGUCAGCCAUUCCCAAUGUUACAGCUUUCCAAGAUCUCCUUUGCGAUUUGGAUAUAUGGCAUAAUGCCCCCAAUGGGCUGCUCAGAUCUUUGCUGGAACAUUUAUUGGAAUUGGCUGUGGAGUCGAAUGAGAAGAAACAAAAUGUGAAAAUCAUGAGAGAGCUACAAUUACUCAAUAAGCUGCUCUAUAUCAUCGUCGAUAUUCAGGAUCAUUCCACGCGGGAGAUUCUCUUCAAUUUAGUCGAAGCCCUCCUGGGAGGUCAGCCAAGGCACACCGAUCUUUUGCUAUUUGGCCAAUAUUGUGCUUCCAAACUACCCAAAGCCGAUCAGGUCGAGAAGUCCCUAAUACUACCCACAAUGAAACCCACCCCGAAUCCUUCCAAUUCCGCUGCAACUGCCGAAAAUGAUACAACUGCUCAGAACAUCUACUUGCGGAAUCGUUGCCUAUCCCUACUACACGGUUUGCUUUUCACCGCUCGGAAUACUGUCAAUUACAUCAUCUGCGAUGAUAUCUCCAAGACCCUGGGAAUGGAUUGGCUUCUGCUCUUCAUGCAACCGAAUGUCCACUUCACCACGGUGAUAAUUGCGGUAAGGAUCUUGGUCGUGAUCUGUGCCAAUGAAAGUUUUUUGGUACGUUUCCGUGACUCUACCCAUAAUGGCGGAUAUUUGCGCUUUACCGAAAUGGUUUCCCAAAAGAAGUCCAUGGGCAUUGCAGCCCAGCAAUUGAAUUCCAGGCCAUCGACUGGGACCGGAACUGUUAUUGUGGCCACCACCGCCAAUACCUUGCAGCAUUUGCCCACCCAUAUUGCCGGGGAGGUUAGGACGGCGGCUUUGAAUAUACCAGGUUUCCAGACCCUGGAAUGGUUAAUGCAGUACCACCUGGACGUCCCGGAAUUAUAUUUCCUGAUUACUGCUUUGAUAAUGGGGCAACCUGUAAAAUUACUGGCCACAGAACACACAAAAUUCGAUCUGGAUCGUGUGUGGUCAUUCCUAUGGGGUGCCCCCGUUUCGGCCAAUACAAAUAUACCAAAAAUGAAUAUUUGCCCGGAGGGAGUAUGUGUCCUGCUGGGUAUGGUUAGAGCCAUAGUGCAUGGUGGGGAAAUGGCUCCCUGGUUGAAUAGUCAUCCUGAGACAAUAAUACAGUUGCUAUUUAGUCUCUAUCAAAAUCUUACCGAUUUUAUGCCAGUCAUGAUGUCGGGAGAUGUUAUAUCGUCCCUGGUUGCGGUGCUCUUCCCCAAUAGCAGUAAAGAUGAAAAUGUGGAAUCAGAACCGAACAGCGGUAAUAGUUCACCCACAGAGGAAACGGGUGGUGGUUUUAUGAUGAGCCUCAAUGCUGCUGCUUCGGGGAAUGCAAGUACAAUGGUCAAGCUAACUAAUCAUCCGGUUAGGAAAUGCAUCAUCGACUUCCUGAGGGUCAUUGUGGUCGAUUCGUUGAGCUUGAAUAUGCAUGGCAAAACAACACCGGUUAUAGAUUUGGUAUUGGAUGCCUCACCCGAAAAUUCGGAGCUAAAUUUACAAAUCGAAUAUCAAACGGAAAUUAUUACGGCCCUAAUGGACCACUUGCUGGCAGCUGAUAUUUUGGUAGGAGAACAGGCUGCCCUGUCGUUGGUACCCCUAAUACAAAGCCAUACCCAACAUGUGGCUCCGAAUGUUUUCUAUUUCACGGCACGUGUGGUGGAUAAAAUGUGGCAGGGCUGCUUGACCCGCAAUCCGCAUGAUAUCUUCGAUUUCAUUAUCAAAUUGAUAGCUCAGGCUAAGAGAAGAACUUCGUCGCUGACAUUGGAACAGUUGCAUCAUUCAUUGAAUCGAACCAUUUUGUAUUUAUUGUCAAGACCCACAGAGGCCAUAACCGAGCAGAUGAGCGUCUUGGAGGCUCUGCAUAAAAUCAUUACCCAUCGUUUGCUGAUUUUCGGUGCUGGAAACCAUGAACUGGAAUUCAUUGGAUGUCUAACCUAUUGUCUGCUCCAACUGACAUCGGAUAUGAAAAUUAUUUUGGAACCAUCCACUGCGCGUAAUACCACCUGGCAUGUUAAUCCGCAGGCGGAUAUCAUCGAACCCAAAGAUGAGGAUUUAAAUCAAUUGCAGGGUCGCAAUUUAAUUGUCGGAGCCGCCUUCCGGGUCUGGGAAGAGCUGUAUGUUUGUAAGAAACCAGCCAUUGAAGAGGUAUUUAAAGUGUCAUUGUCCGCUCCGCCGAAUAACCAAAAAGCUCCAGAUCUGCAAACUACCCGAGAACAGGUUAUGGAACUGGCUUCGAAAUUAUGGUUUAAUUAUGUCGAUGCCGAACGUAAAGCCUCGUAUCGCAUUCCCUGGGAAAUCCACAAUCAAAUACAAUCGAAAAUCCAAAAGGUUACUGGAGGUCUGACACGGCUGGCAAGCCGCACCAAAGUCAAGAAGGAUGAAAUGGUUCGUGCUAAGUCGUCGAUGACCCGGGAAUCGGCAUUCGAAUGCACCAACAUUCAUGUGCAGUUGAUAAAGGACCUUUGGGAGUUACGCUGCAAACAAUACCUACAAAUGCUGCAACACACCCAGCGUUAUGUCUAUCAGGAUUGGGUCCAAUCGGAAACAGAAUUGACCCGCGAACGUGGCCUCUGGGGCCCUGAAGGCUGUUCCACACUCGAUAAAUGGAUAUUGGAUACGACAGAAGGUCCACAUCGCAUGCGUAAGAAAACCAUGCGUAAUGAUCUCUUCUAUCUCCACUAUCCAUAUCGUCCCGAGCUGGAUAUACCCGAUAAUCGUCAAUUAAAAUAUAAAGUUGCCACCAGCUUCGAUAGUAAAAUCUAUUACACCCAUUGUCAGCAGCCACCGCGUAUUUUGUGUGAAACGGAUUCUUUGGCACAACAACAACAAUCGCUGCAACAUCAACAUUCCGUAGAUGCCAAUCAAUUGUUGAAGGCGUCGGGACAUGGACAAGCGGCUCAUCAUCCCCAAUUACAGACGUCAAAAAGUGAACCGGGUGGUACGACAAGUACACCACCCCAGUCACCGAAUGAACAUCGGGCUGCUGCUGCUGCUUCGACUGCAGUAGCUCAUGCCCAGGAAUCGUUGGACAUUAAUGCUCCCGACGAUGAGGACGAGGAUGAUGAAAUGUCAAAUAUUUCUGAUAAUGAGACAUUCUUGCGGCUGCUGGAGGAACAGGAAAAAAUCUCCUUUAUGUUUAGAUGUGCCCGAAUACAGGGUUUGGAUACCUUUGAGGGUCUGCUGUUAUUCGGCAAAGAACAUUGUUACAUCGUCGAUGGUUUUACAUUGCUCAAAAAUCGGGAAAUUAAAGAUAUUGAUACUUUGCCACCAGGGGCCUAUGAACCGAUUAUACCAAAUUCUGGUGGUACCACCCGGCAGCACAAAGUUCGUCAAUGUUCCAAAUUUGCUUAUGAGGAGAUACGGGAAGUCCAUAAACGGCGUUAUUUGCUACAGCCCAUUGCAUUGGAGGUCUUCUCCGAAGAUGGCCGAAAUUAUUUGCUAAGUUUUCCGAGGAAGGUGCGGAACAAGGUCUAUCAAAGAUUUAUGGCCCAUGCCACAGCCAUUAAUGAUAAUGCCCAGCAAUCGGUGGCGGGGCAAAAGAGAACGGCAAGUGUGGAACAAACAUCGGGUAUUUUCAGUAGUUUGAUUGGUGAGACCUCGGUGACCCAGAGAUGGGUGCGUGGUGAAAUCUCCAACUUCCAAUAUUUAAUGCAUUUAAAUACCCUGGCCGGUCGCUCCUACAAUGAUCUCAUGCAAUAUCCCGUAUUUCCCUGGAUAUUGGCCGAUUAUGAUUCGGAAGAAUUGGAUUUCAAUAACCCAAAGACAUUCCGUGACUUCUCCAAACCCAUGGGUGCCCAGUCGGAGGAGAGAUUGGAACAAUUUCAGAAGAGAUUUAAGGAAUGGGAUGACCCUCAUGGUGAGACACCACCCUAUCACUAUGGCACCCAUUACUCAUCGGCCAUGAUUGUUUGCUCAUAUCUGGUGCGCUUGGAACCAUUUACCCAGCAUUUCUUGAGACUACAGGGGGGUCAUUUCGAUUUGGCCGAUCGAAUGUUUCACAGCAUCAAGGAGGCCUGGCUGUCGGCUUCCAAGUUUAAUAUGGCCGAUGUUAAGGAGCUAAUACCUGAAUUUUUCUACCUCCCCGAAUUUAUAACCAAUUCAAAUAAUUUUGAUUUGGGUACCAAACAAAAUGGCGAAACUUUGAACGAUGUUAUCUUGCCACCAUGGGCCAAACAGGAUCCGCGAGAAUUUAUAAGACUACAUCGGAAUGCCUUGGAGUGUGAUUAUGUUAGCCAGAAUUUACAUUUGUGGAUCGACUUGAUAUUUGGCCACAAACAACAAGGUCCUGCUGCUGUGGAGGCCACAAAUGUUUUCCAUCAUUUGUUCUAUGAGGGAAAUGUUGAUAUUUAUAACAUUGAUGAUCCGCUGAAGAAAAAUGCCACAAUUGGUUUCAUUAAUAAUUUUGGACAAAUACCCAAACAACUGUUCAAGAAACCACAUCCCGCCAAGAAAAUGUCUGGCUCACGACAUUCCACGCUAAUCGAUCCGAGUGCUUUGAUACAGGGCAAUACCACUGUUUUACAAUCCGAUCGUUUGUUCUUCCAUAAUUUGGAUAAUUUGAAACCGAGCCUGCAACCCAUUAAGGAGCUAAAAGGUCCCGUGGGUCAGAUAUUGCAACCAGAUAAGACUGUUUUUGCUGUGGAACAAAAUAAGGUUAUGAUGCCACCAUCAUAUACGAAAUAUAUAGCCUGGGGCUUUGCCGAUCACUCGCUGCGCAUUGGUCUCUACGAUACAGAUCGUGCUUCAUUUGUCUCAGAAGCAGCUGCACAAAAUUCUGGUGAAAUUUUGGCUUGUGCCUGUCCCAAUUCGAAAAUGAUCAUCACAGCCGGAACCAGCUCCGUUAUUACAAUUUGGAAAUUUGAUGCAAAUCGUAAAAGUUUAACGGUUAAACAUUCGCUACAUGGCCACACUGAUGCUGUUACCUGCCUGGCAGCUAGUGCAGCAUAUAAUGUUAUUGUGUCGGGAUCGAGAGAUGGUACUGCCAUUGUUUGGGAUAUGACACGGUUUACAUUUGUGCGUCAGCUGCCAGGUCAUGUGGGUGUGGUGGCCGCGGUGGCCAUUAAUGAAUUGACGGGUGAUAUUGCAACAUGUUCCGCCACGUGGCUACAUGUAUGGUCUAUAAAUGGUGACCCCCUGGCAACGGUUAAUACUUGCGUGGGAAGUGCCGAUCGUAUGCAGCAAAUAUUGUGUGUGGCCUUUUCACAAAUACGAGAAUGGGAUCCACAGAAUGUUGUAAUUACUGGUUCAACAGAUGGUGUUGUGAGGAUGUGGUCUCUCGAAUAUGUUCAAGUACCCAUUGAACGCAAACUGAAACGUUGUGCCGAAAUUAAAUCUCAAGAAAAUCCUGAUACCGGUUCGGACAAAGAAGAUGAGGCUGUGGGUGGUGAAACGUCCAAGAAAAUGGAAUUAUUUAAACAAAUGCAAAGCAUAUCUUCACAUGAUGAUAACGAAAUCCAUAAAUCCGCUUCCGAAAGUAGCAUAUCAGAAGCAUCCCAGCAUUCAAAUAACUCCACGCAAUCGGAUAAACCAAUGAAAGAAUGUGAAAUCCCGGUGACAUCAGAACGGCGGAAAUCUUCAUUUUCGGGAGCGAAAUCGCUACAUGAAAUUAAAUCAUCAACGGUAGAGGGUUCCGGUGGCAAUAAGGGAAUUGAGGAAGAAGAACGUUCCACAAUACGUCCCAGCAAAUCUGAUACUAGUCUCACCGAUGGUUUCGUCAUGAUCGAUAAUGAUAAACAUCGUGGUGAUCAUUGCCUGAAGAAAGGCUUCAAAUGGCAACGUCAAUUAAUGUUCCGUUCAAAAUUAACCAUGCACACGGCCUAUGAUCGCAAAGAUAAUGCCGAACCGGCCAGUAUUACAGCCUUGACGGUAUCCAAAGAUCAUAAAAUCUUAUAUGUGGGUGAUGCUCGCGGUCGCAUUUAUUCAUGGUGUGUCACUGAACAACCUGGUCGUGGUGUGGCCGAUCAUUGGCUUAAAGACGAAGGAGCUGAUCAGUGUGUUAAAUGUCAUGUUAAAUUCACAUUAUACGAACGUAAACAUCAUUGUCGCAAUUGUGGUCAGGUGUUCUGCAAUAAAUGCAGUCGUUUCGAAUCGGAAAUAUCACGUUUGCGAAUAUUAAAGCCGGUGCGGGUGUGUCAGUCGUGUUAUGCACAAUUGCGGGCGACAUCUGUUGAUAAUUAA